CAAUAUCCAAAAAUGGAUGCUGCCAAAGCCUACACUGUCAUCCCCUACCAGCUCUCCGACGAAGCAUACGCCAACCUGCUGCGCAACCCCGAGCAGUGCGGCUUCCGCGUCCUGCAGCCGGGUGCGGUGCGCGAUCCGCAGUUCGGCUACCUGUUCCUCGAGAGCCGACGACACGAGGCGCGCCGGCCUCGCCUUCUCGACGGCCUCGACUGGGUGCCGUCCUCUGCCGCCAACGCCUCGAGCCGGGUGCUGCACGACGGCGUGACGGAGCUCGUGCGCAACUACUGUGCGCGGCGCACCAAGUCCGAGGCGGCGCGCCCGCAGAUCCGCCCCUUUGUCGAAUUUCAGAGGUCUGUCAACGACGAGGUGAAGCAGCAGUAUCCGCAGGCGUCCGCGCUCGACCACAAGACCAUCGUCGGCCGCAUGUGGCGGGCGAUGCCGAGCGCCGAGAAGGAGGCGUACAAGGCGCAGGCGGCCGCCAAGAACCGGAACGCACGCCAACGGAUGGCGGCGGCGCAGCCUCAGGAGCUCCUGGUGCGGCACGAGAUGUGGCUGCAGCUGAGCGAUCUCUGGACGGCCAGCGACCCGCCCUUCGACGGCGCUUGCUCGGAGCGGCUGCUGCUCCACUACCUCGGGGACGACGCGUGGCACUGCCUCUCCUGUCCGCCGGACGCCAUCGGCAUCGUCACGGACCCGUGGGUGCCGUCCACCCCUUCGCCGUGGCGCAGCAUCGGCUCCGGCAUGCGAACCACCGGACCGCAGGCGCCGCAGCUCGUGCUCAGCUACAGCGAUCAGGGCGAGGCACGGCCGGCCCCACAGGUCGUGCACGCCAUCCCUCUCGUGGCGGGCCAGCAGGCGGAGCCUGGUGCCCCAACCGUCCCGAGCUUCGCGAGUCUGCACCAGCUUGGCCCGUCGACUUCGCCUGCAUUGACAGUUGCUGCCUCCUGUGAGGACGCGGAUCUGGCGGCGCACUUUGGCAGUGGGGCCAGCUUUGGCGGUACUGGAGCGAGCUUCGGUGGCGGAGCGGGUGGCUCAGCGAUCGACUACGGCAUUGCCGGCGCGAGCUUUGAAAGCCCAGCGAGCUUUGGCGGUCUCGCCGGAUUGAGCGCUGCCGGAAGCUUCGGCACGACUGCCCUCGACCAGUUCCUCUUCCAA